GCCAAGAACCCACAGCGCUCCAUCCCCAUUGGCAUCAUCGUGUCCCUCCUCAUCUGCUUCGUGGCUUAUUUUGGGGUCUCUGCAGCCCUGACCCUCAUGGUGCCCUAUUUCCUCCUGAACAAGAAGAGCCCCUUGCCUGAGGCUUUCAAGGCAGUGGGCUGGGAGCCCGCCCGGUACGCUGUUGCUGUUGGCUCCAUCUCUUCUUCCCUUGGCAGCUUGUUGGGCUCCAUGUUCCCUAUGCCUCGUGUGAUCUAUGCCAUGGCGGAGGACGGGCUGCUCUUCAAGUUCCUCUCCAGCAUCAACAGCCGCACAAAGACCCCUCUGUCAGCCACCAUCACCUCGGGGCUCCUCGCAGCGGUGAUGGCCUUCCUGUUUGACUUGAAGGACCUGGUGGACCUCAUGUCAAUUGGCACGCUGCUGGCUUACUCCCUGGUGGCAGUGUGUGUGCUCAUCCUCCGGUACCAGUCCGGGCAGCUGAACUCCCCGAAGGCCAUGGAAAUGCUGGAGCAGAACGGGAAUGAGGAGGAGAGGGUGAUCAUGAACCCGACCAUCACCACUGCGCUGAAGCCCGCCGGGACGGGCUGGAUGGCGGCCCUGGCGCUGCUCAUCACGGCUCUGCUCAUUCCCACCAUCAUCAUUUGGAGGCAGCCGCAGAGCAACGCACAGCUGAACUUCAAGGUACCUUUCCUCCCCGUCCUGCCUAUUUUCAGCAUCUUUGUGAACAUCCUGCUGAUGGUACAGCUGAGUGCUGGUACUUGGGUACGGUUUGCUGUCUGGAUGGCCGUGGGUUUUAUGAUUUACUUUGGCUAUGGGAUCCGAAACAGCGUGGAAGGGAAAACUGCGGAGGAAUCCUGCACCACAGGAGAAAAGCCUCUGCACCAGCCUGGACUGGACUCUGGCCCCAGCGCUGCUGCAGUCUGA